UAUAUGUAUUCAUAUUUCAAAGAAAUGAGCACCAAGCAAAACAAAUUGUAAUUAUUUGUGCUUUUAUAUUGAUUUCUGUAUUUUGAUUAGCAUAAAACAUUACAGAACUCAAAUUUUUUGUUCAGAACUGAUAACAACUGCCUUACAUGCUUUGUAAAAAUAAAGAAUGUCAUAUAAAUGUGAAACCCCAGACGUAAACAUGUUGUUGAAUAAAACAUCAUCUUGCGUGAUGUGUGUUACAGCGUUCAUGUGAUGAGCAUUAGUGACAUUUGAGAAUGUUCAGUGAGGUGUUCCACACACAAUGUGACUUUAUUGCAUUAUGUCGCAGGUUUUUGUGCAGUGAGUCACAGUCACAUGAGUGCUGACAGCACCCAACUCAUAAGAGCUUUAUGAGGAACCGUAUGAUGACACGAGGUCAGAUUGUGCGACACCACGAGCGCUUUUCCCACCGUACACACAUACUUAUUCUUCCUAUUCUUUACAACUGAUUACACUGACCAAUCAGCUGUCACCAUGAACACAUUCAUCAGCUCGUGGCCAAUCAUGUGAGUCAUUGCACAUAACUGAUGGUUUCUGUGGCAACCACUGAAUAUUGACAACGUAAAUCUAAUACUCCACAAUCAUGAGUGUUUAUCCUCAGACAACGAGCGACUGUUAGACACUAACAUUGAAAAAGAAAUUCUUUUGUAACAAACCGUGAGAAGAAAAACACCUCUUUACCUUUAUUUUCACGUCUGUUUCAUAUGAGGUUAUGUUUUCAUUUGAUUAUUACUUUAGAUGCUGGAUUAUGACACGGUGAGCGGUGAAUCUGGACCAUCAUCACUUCACGCUGUCAAAGAUCAUGAGAUAAUGAUGAGGGUGUAUUCAGAGGGUCAGGGACGGAUGUCAGACACAGAUUCUUCUUCUUCUUCUUCAGCUCAGUUUGUAAUGAGUUGGAAUGUUGCUGUGGUGUCACGAGGAUCCGAUGAAUAUAAAUAAAUGAAGUUCACUUCUGUUUCACACCCUCUUCGCUCUUCAUCCAGUGCACAUCGACAUCGUCUCCUCCACAGGCAUCAUGAGUUGCCCUUCCUCUGGUCAGCAGUGUAACAGUGGUUAUCCACAGAUGCUCCAGCAGACCCCUGGUUCUGUGUGGCCCACUCAACCCUGUCAACCCUACUGGCCCUGCCAACCUGGUCAGCCGGUGUGGCCCAUGAGUCCCAGUACAGCGGUCCCACCCACCUGGCCGGUCCAACCCUUUCAACCAGGCUGGCCCAAUCCUACAACAACCCCGACAAGCCAGCCCGGCCCACCUGCUCAACCAAUUCAGCCAACCCAAACAAACCCGCCAAUCCAACCAAUCCAACCAACCCAACCAAACCCACCCGCUCAACCAGGCUGGCCUGCACAACUCCCCGCCCCCUCGACAUGGCGUGGUAAUCCUGGUCAGCCGGGUUGGCCGGGUCAAGUCCCCACAGGAGGAGCUCUGCAGCCGUGGCCGCCCGCACCAUCCACCGCUCCUGUUAUGGUGCCCUUCAACAUGAAUUUUCCUCGUGGCAUUUAUGAUAAACUGAUGUUGACCAUCAGAGGUCAAGUAAAGCCCGACGCUAAAAUGUUCACCAUCAAUUUUUUGCGCGGUAAUGACAUCGCUCUUCACAUCAAUCCUCGGUUCAAUGAAGGCGGGAAGCAGGUGCUCGUGCGCAAUCAUAAGCUGGGCGAGCGCUGGGGUCGAGAGGAGCGCGAGCUGCUGGCGCCCUUCCCCUUCAUGCCCGGACAUCACUUCGAGAUGAAGAUUCUGUGCACGUUCACCGAGUUCAAGGUGGCGGUGAACAACACGCCCAUGUUCGACUUCCAGCAUCGCAUCCGAGAAGUGAACCAGAUCGACCGCAUCAACAUCCUGCAUGACGUCACGCUCACGUCCGUCAACGUGGACUCGCUCCCCUGAGCCGACUGCGCACGAUCCCCACAGAACUUCAGUCAACCACCGAACGCAAAACAAUUGAUGAUGGACUUUUCCUUCGCCCCGAUAGCACACGGACAUCUGGGAGAUGCAUUUUUAUUGUUGUCUCGGUGAUGUCUCCUGUCAGAUGUCUGUAAGACGAUUUGAAAUGUAAGAAAAACGGCCUUUUCCAAGACGGUUAUCAGAUGUUUUUACACAGCAGAUCUCUUACAGGCGUUCCUGUGCUGUCUGGUAGUUGAACGACUGGAAUACUGUGGAAACCGAUCCACGUCACGCUCGUGUCAUGUGACUGUAUAAUUAUCUUUAUAGCUAACACAUAACAGAGAUUGUGUUCAUUCAACAUCCCUGUCAGUAUAAACAUGUCAUUAACUAAAGAGCCAUCUUCAGAACAAACAUCAACAUAACAUACAUUUAUUUUACAUGAUCAAAAGUCUGACAUCACAUCUGAAAACAGAUUUUAUAACUGUAGGAUGAUGAUGAUAAUGAUCCUGCAAAUGAGCUGAUGACAACACAAUCACUUACUGAUCAUGUUAUUCAUGUCUGUACACAUAAACCGCAUGGCUUUUUCUGGGAUCUCGCUGUAAGAUGUUAUGAAUAUAAAAUACAUACUACUAAGAUGUUUUUGUAAUUCUGUGUGUGAAUAA